AACAUAUUUUCAAUAAAUAAAAUUAUCCAAUUAUCUGGUGCCUAGUUGAUUUUGACAUCAACGACUAAUCUCAACAGGAGACGACCGACGAACUUCCCACCAACACGCAAAAGUCAUCGAUUAGUGAUUACCCCUUUAUUUCUCCCCAUUUAUGGAAAAAUCUCUAUUCUAGGGUUUUGAACCACCAAGCUUCACCCCAUCUAUGGAGGCAGCAACCUCGAUUUCACCGUCUCCACCCCCGUCAGCGGACGAAGGGCCGUCGACUUCCUCGUCGUCGACGUCGUCCGGUGGUCCGUCUAGGUUUCCGGAGGUUUAUUCGGAGGAGGAGAGAGAUAUGGAAUCGCCGGAGCUUAUACAGCAGCAAUCAAGCAUGUCGUACCGUGUUAGGCCCGUGCCCCGCCGGAUUCCAUCGUCGCUGGGGCUGGAGGAACCUCCUGCUGAUGACACUUUGUCCUGCGUUAUCGUUAUCCUUACAUUUUGGUUCUUUGUGUCUAUGACACUCAUUAUGGGUAUCUUUGGAUCGGAAAAUAUACAACUUGGCCCUUAUAGCUCCAUUCUGUUACGCCCUAACCCCUUAUUUGUAAAUACUAUAAAGGUGGAAGUAUCAAAAAAAGUGGUGGUUGGUCCUAUGCUUUAUGGGUUCUACAAAAAUCCCCCGCUAGAGAACACUGAGAUAUGGUCUGAAUCUAUGAAUACUUCAAUUAAACAGGAGUCUCAUAAGGAAUGGAUUUAUUACUUGAAUAAGGGUUCCCAGAUCAAUAUAUCGUACAACGUGGCAAGCUCAUCUUCUUUGUUGCUCAUAGUAGCGAAAGGAAUUGAAGGACUUGCUGAGUGGCUUGAGGACCCAUCAUAUCCAGAUAGCACUCUGUCGUGGAAUGUCAUACAUGGAAGUGGUUCAAUCAGGCAGGAUAUAUUAAGAUCUUAUGAUUAUUAUGUCGCUGUUGGAAACCUUAACUCUGAUGACGUGGAGGUUGAGCUGAACCUCUCAAUACGAUCUUCCAUGCACGACACUGCAGAUUCGUAUUUUAAGUGUAAUUUGACUCGAGGUUGGUGCAAUUUAAAGAUUCCUUUCCCAGGUGGAAAUGCUGCUUUGUUGACAACUCCGGGACCAUUAGAGGGUAAUGGAAGCAAUAGAGAGUAUGUCAAACUGUCGUAUGAACCGCGCUGGAUGACGUAUUUUCUCGGUGGGAUGACUUCAGUCAUGUUAUGGGCAUUCAACUUCUUGAAUAGGAUCAGACGUAACAUGGAAGAUUCCCCUGAAAAUCAAUCAGGGGACUUGGGAUCCGAGAGAGCUCCUCUGUUGUCCCAGAAGGAUGAUGAACUUUCUAGCUUGGGUUCAUCUUAUGAUUCCGGCUCACAAAAUGAUGAGGAAACCCAAGAGGACAUGGAAGAAGGAUGUAGGCGACUCUGUGUUAUUUGUUUUGAUGCACCUAAAGAUUGCUUCUUCAUUCCUUGUGGCCACUGCGCUACUUGUUUUACAUGUGGGAUAAGAAUCGCUGAAGUGUCCGGUACUUGCCCUAUUUGUCGACGUAGGAUGAAGAAAGUUAGAAGGAUAUAUACCGUCUGAUGAUGCUGGGAGUAAAAUACACCCUCUCUCAUAUUUGAGGCUUGUAGCUGACCAGUUUGACAAGUGAUGUUUUUAGUCUCAGUUGCCAUCGAUUGGGAAUGCACCAGUCAUUAUGGGCACUAUUACGUGAAUGGUCAAGCCUCCGUAUUUUUUCUGGGUUAACCAUUUACCAUUUUGUAUCAUGCCAUCAUAGUUCAUAACAAACGAAUACUUGUAUAUCUGGGGUCAUUUUAUUAUUGGCAGGGUUAAAAAUGGUGAAACUGCUUUGCAGUUGGCUUCCCUGGAUUGUCUGAUCAACGAAUUUCCCUCUUGUAAUUUUCUUUCUCCUUGUGUACAGAAACUUGCAGAGUCUUUAACUGUAUAUGUAGUCUGUUAAAAUGUAAUAUAAAACUCCUGUAUCUUUCUAUUCAUAUGAAUUUAAGGUGUGCCCAUUUUGUUUUCGA